ACCCGAAAGACCCAACUCAACAUGAAUCCAUGGCUGAUCAAUCAAGCCAAAUGAGGAGGACCCCUAUGUCCCUACAUGAGAUCCAACCUUUGUUUACCCCCACCCACCAUCAGCACCAUUCACCACUCAGACUCCGACUUUGAUCUCUCUCUCUCUCUCUCUCUCGCCUAAAAACAGGUAUGAAUGCUGUGUGCGUAAUCAUGUCCCCCAAAUUUGGCUAACCGUUGAAGCCCGCCUAGAGCUCUCUCUCUCUCUCUCUCUCUCCCCCCCCCCCCCCUCUCUCGCUGUCUGUUUCUUCUCCGUAGUGUCUCCGGCAAGGAGAAGGAGAAGGUCACGAAGGCCUGUGGGCUUGGCUUGUUGUGGAGUGUCGAAUCAAUCGUUUUGCAACCAACCCAUUUGACCCGUUGGGCUGAUUCUUCCGGAGAAGUGGAGAUCUGCAAGACCCGGAUUCUUACAACUUUGUUAGAAUGCGCAAACCCUAACCAACCGAGGAGGCAUUUCUCGCGAAGCGACAGCCGAGAAACAGAAGAAAUCAAGAAAUCAGGACCAAACCCAGAUGCCAGAAGGCGUCAAAAACCCUAACCCUAACCCCGUCCCCGGUUUUACUUGAUUCAUGGAACUGCCAUUGCCCACCUUGGUUGUCCUUUUGAAUUUAGGGAUCAUCUUUUGCUUUUUCGGCCAGUGCUUGUCGCAGCAAGAGGCGAAUCUCCCCUUCUCCACUCCAUUUGUGGCCCCGCCUCCACCGCCACCACCUCCGCCGUCGCCGCCGCCGCCACCUCCACCCUCGUUUUCACCACCACCCCCACCGCCUCCACCUCCACCUCCACCUCCACCUCCGCCGUCACCCCCGCCACCAUCCUCGCAGUCGACGCCGCCACCGGAUUCACCUAAAUUGCCAGAGCCAACAAUUAUAUCUCCGCCUCCGCCACCGCGCGGUCAUCACGCCCGUGCACCCGGCUCUGCAUAUGCGCGCCAUCCAAAAAAUGGAACGACGGCGUUUCCCCCUGAAUCAAAUCUAAAGGGGAGCAACAAUGAGGCAAGCCGGCUACCGUCGCCGCCACCGGGUCACAAGAUCAACUUCGGCAAGAUGAUCGGGCUCUUCUUUAUUGGCUUUGCGGCGAUCAUGCAAAUUGGUGUGGUGGGCUUCUUGGUUUUCAAGAGACGGCAACUAUUAAUGAUGAUGGAUAGAUAAGAAACCUGUUCAUUGUCUUGAAUUAUCAAGUAUUAUUCUCAUUAAUUCAUUGGUCGGCGCGAAUGGAUAUUGUGGCAAUUGAGUUUUAUUGGAUUUGGAUUCUUUGAAGCGGCAUGAGGAUAUGGAUUGCGAAUUGAAGUUGGUUCUGAAACAAUUGAAUCGUUGGUGUCGCCAGUGGGGCCUUGCUGCUUCUGUAAAUGGGUAAAAUCUUGAUGGGCUUUUUCUUCUUCUUGUUACUUAAAAUUUGCUGUCCUUAUUCUCCCUUCACUACACGGCUUACAACUGAAGUCGAAGGAAGCCCCUUUUCGCUCCUUUACCAUGGGUUCUUUUACCAUUGUGUGUUUUAUGUACUUUUUUUUUUUGCUAACAUGUAUUACUGAUAACUGUGUUACAACUCAUUGAAAGAUUUAUUUAUUUUUUUUGUUUUUCAAUAUCAA